CUCUCAUCUUCUCAAGAUGCCUUCUAGAAAUGCAAGAAGGUCAUCAACCCAUCAAUCAAGUAUUGCACCUGAAGAUGGCACUUCAAGAUCUUCAGUCGCACCUGGUGGUAUGCUAGAUGAUGCAAAAUACACUUUAGCUUCAAGUUUAUUAGCAACAAUGAUGCGGGAAGUAAUUAUUGAUCAUGCAUUGAUGGCACAUAAGAAUAUCAUUAGGUUAAGGAAAUCACAAGGAAAGAUGCAAGGUGGCUGUACGGUAUGCAAAACUGCUUGUCAAGCGUCACCAUUGGACCCUGCUCAUACAGCCAAAUUGACAAACGGUAACGCAAAGGAAGCUCCGGUCAAACAGGAAGAGGAGAAUUCAACAUCCAAUGAAGCAUCAAAUACAGUACAACCAAAAGGAUUAGAGAUCUAUCACAACAAUCCACUUUUAUCAUGCAUCAUUUGUUCAAGGCAAGUAUCUGCGAAUAGAUAUGCACAACAUUUAGCAUCAUGUGUCGGUGUAGGAAAGGGAGGAAUCGCACGCAGAAAAGGAAAAUCUACUGGGAAUUCCAAAGUGAAGACCGCACUGGAGAACAGGAAACGAGCAGGAUUGCUGAUGAGCGGAGCUUCUACGCCGCUACAACGAGCAACACCUGUUCAUGAUGAUGGGGCAAGUGUUGUAAGCGAUGAUGAAUUUAUCAAACGAUCAAAAUCUAAUCUAUCCCAUUCGUUCACCAAAAGAUCCGCAAGUCCUUCUGUGACAGAUAGUUCCGACCCCAAAAAGUUGCGAACGGAAGAUGGACCUUCACGAGCACAAUCACUUCUUGGAGCUUCUGCUUUGGCCGCCUCACAACCUGCUACAGGAUCUCCACUCAAUCCACUUCGUAAUACCAAAACGAUCACAAUCGAUAGCGAUGAAGAUGAAGACGAUGAGGAUGAAGAAGGUGCUAUAUCCAUGUCUCAAGGUCAAAAGUCUACAAAUGCUCCUCAAUCUUCGAGCGUCUUGAGUGGAGAAGAAGGGAGUGAAUUUGCAGGAGAUGAUUCAGGAUCAGAGGAGGACAAUGAAUCCGAAGAUGGUAGUUAUCAUGAAAGACCAAAAGGUCAUCAUCGAUCAGAAACUGCUUCCAUUCAAAGUGAACCUGAAGAUGAUUUUUAAUAUGUUUUGCUCUAAUGUAUCAUAGUUUUGUAUAUUGUACAGUGAUUGAAUUUAUAAUACAGUUGUCAUGCCGAUGAAUCUAGUUCAGCAAGACGUUUUU